CCCCCCUCCACACACACACACACACACACAGUGCCUUGCCAUCAUGCCACGAGGCUUCCUAGUCAAGAGAAGCAAGAGGUCCAAUCCUGUUUCGUACCGUUUCCGAGCCGAGGAUGAGGAAGACGAGCUGCAGCCUUCACUUUUCUCCUUGCCCGAGCGCGCGCACACGCCGAUGUCCCCCUGCUGGCCGGCUGCCCCAGAGAGGACCACCGAGGCGGUCCAGUUCGGCGACCCGGAGGUGAUGUACCAGGGUCUCUACAGUCCUACCCGCCCCGUUAGCAGAGAGCUGGACCCGGACGGACGCGUCAGUUUGGGCUCGCCGAUUUCUGCCGAGUCUUUUCCCGCCGCGGCCGCCCUCACGGCUCUGGACCACCUCUUCGGCCCGGUGGACCUCAAAAUGGGCAACCGAACCGAAUCCAGCACCGCGAUCGCGGCAAAGCGGGCCAAAUGUAAACCCCCCCUCUCCAAGAGAACGAAGUCAAUGCGAAAGCUGCACUUUGAAGAUGACGUCACCACCUCCCCGGUCCUGGGUCUAAGGAUUAAGGAGGUUCCGGUGGACCGAAAGACUCCAGGAGGCGACGGUGAGUUCGUGUGUCAGCUGUGCAAGGAGGCGUACCCGGACCCGCUCGGGCUGGCCCAGCACAGGUGCUCCAGAAUAGUUCGAGUGGAGUACCGGUGUCCCGAGUGUGCCAAGGUGUUUAGCUGCCCCGCCAACCUGGCUUCGCACCGCCGCUGGCACAAGCCCAAACUCAUUAACGUCACUUCCGGUGACCGAGACACGCCAAGUCCGGAACCUUCCGAGUCCGGUUCGGAGGACGAACAGGUGGAGUUAGUCAAGCGCACCAAAAAGGUCAAAGGUCACUCCUGCCUGCGCAAACACUUGGCCGCCGUGCACGCGCACCAAGCGCCCCUCAACUUGAGCAAUGCCGCCGCGCACGGGGGGACGAGCAGCGAGCGUCACUUUCGGCUGCUGCACACCUUUCCAGGCAAACACGUCCCUAACCCCGCCCUCACCCGCAACGUCACCAUCACGUGAUUGUUUUCCGGAAGUGCGGUAUUGGCUUUUAAAAAUUGAAUGAAAGGUUUGUUUGGUUUUAGCGCAAAUGUUGAGUGAAUGAGAGGAAAAGCAAUUGAAUGACAAAGCAGCUUGUUUAUUUUAUCAUUUGUACAAAGUGUUAGCAUGAUGGGUUGUGUAGCCGCUAAUGCCUUUAAUGACAAAUUCUGCUGUAAAACUGCCUUAAACUUCUUUCAUACCUUUAUUGUUUCACACAAAGCUUUCUCUAUGACCCUGACAUGAUAUCUAGUUUGUAUUUAUUAUUGAUGUCUUUAUGAAGUUAUUGUCUUAUUACCAUGUGUUUGUGUAGCCAAAUGAGUUCACAGUUGAGCACAUUUUUAUAGCUGAAUGCAAUCAUGACGUGAAAUAACAUUGUGACUCUUUGCUCUUAUUCUGCUUUGGGAUGUUCCUGCACUGUCUUUGCUAAGUGUCCAAAUAUAAUAAAGAC